GAAAAACUUCUCAUGCUCCGCGAUUUUGCACCCAUCCGCAGAAGGCUUUUGUAUGUUAUUUUAUGCGAAUUGCGAUGUUAGUUUCGGCAAUUAGGAGAAGUACGUCGUGUAGUUUACGGCAAAUUGCCGCGUGCAUCACUUACAGAGACAAAACGCGGAGUAAGCUCGCGCAAUCAUGCAACGAGUCGAAUCUGCUGUCUGCCUCGCUCCAGAGUUUUGCGGCCCGUAGAAUUUAUUGCACCGAUUCCGAAAAUGAUUUUAACCUGCCGACACUCGUGGACGGUGUCAAAGUAUUUCUCCCGUCUUUUACGGACACCAUUCACAUGUUGUAUUUGACUUUUAUGAAAGUUCCAAGCAUAGAUAAAGAAUUUCUUCUAAGCGAGACCCUAGAAGGAAUUAAACAUGCAAUAACGGUAAUAUCUAAAGCUUUAGCCAAGGAAGAUUACGAUUCCUUAGACGGCCUUGUAACAGAUGAUGUGAUAGAAACUUUAAGAGCAAAGAUUAAUACUUUCAACUCUGCACAGAAGCGGUUAAUUGCAGUAAAUGAGGAAGAUGGAUUUGUUGUCUUAUGUGAUAUGGCAGUUCAUACAACAGGAGAGGAGCAUUCCAUCGAAGUAAAAGCAAUUUGUCAGUACAUACCAGGUCUUGGCAACGAAAAAAAGACGGAUAUGAUGUCUGUUACACAAUUUUUUCAACGCGGAAAGUUCUUAAUAUGUAAUUAUACAUUUGUCCGUAAAUAUGUAAAUAAUGUUGGUGGUCCAUGGAUUGCAACUUUUGUAAAUCAUUACAGUAUCAAUCCAUAAUAGAUAUCUAUAUACAUUUACAAAAUAGUUUGAAAUAAAACUCAUGUUAAUCUGUUUA